AUAGAAUGCUCAGUUUACUUGGUAAUUUGCCAAUGACAAUAAUAAUAAUAGCAUAUAGAAUACUGAAAAUACACUAAUUGCUUUUAAUGUGUUAACGCAACAGGCUUUACGAAGGCCAAGUCUAUAUUAAUACGUUAAGUUAAUGAUCACUGUAGAUUGUAAAGCUCAUCUCGAAUUAUAUUGGAUUAGGAAAACUUACUUUAGCCCAAUAGAAAAGAGUACACUCACAAGCCUACAAGUUAGUAGUUAAAUGUGCGGAAAAUCGUAUAACAUUUUUGUUGUGAAAAGCACACUCAUCAAAACGAUCAAAUCAGAUGUAAAUAAAUAUACAAAAAAAAAUAUAUAUAAUACUAAUUAUUUUGUGUAUAUCACGUCAAAUUCGUAGUGGGAUGACUGUUAUUGUAGGAAUUAGAAAAAGCGGCAGUUGAUUUUUAGGCGCCGUCGCGGUAGUACAAUAUUUUCAUUGCUAGGCGGUUGCCGGUGAAUCGCCGCUAUUGUUACCGUGCGACGGUCUCGCUAAGUGAAAACUACCCCGAGCACAUUUCAUUCCGUUUUAGUGAUACCGCGUGGACGAUUCGAGUGCGUCAAUCGUGUCACUCAAGUAACCGUUUUUACACAUGCGGUUAUAGAACUUAUUAAGAAUAAUCGUAGCCUAAGAAAACUAUGGCAGCAUUAUACGGUCUAUAUUUUGCGCUGUUGUUUUCAAUAUUACCAUGUAUGAGUUUGCCUGGACUUUCUGCAAACAUAACUGUUAGUUCUACUUUCAAACCAGCAACAUACGAUCAAACAAAAGUUUGUACAUUGUGUCAUUCCAAUUCGACCGUGGAAAUAUUCCAUUGCAACUCUACGCACUGUAUCCCCAAGUCUUUAGUAUGCAACGGUAUACCGGAUUGUCAUCUUGGCCAAGACGAGUCUGUUUCAGAAUGCGGUUGUUUACAGAACGAGUUCCGCUGUAAAAACAGCUGCAUAGAUUCUGUAAAACGAUGUGACAAAGUUGCUGAUUGCGAAGCCGCAGAAGACGAAAUCAAUUGCAAAACUCACGUCUGUCCCACUACCCAUUUCAAGUGUGCCAAUUACUUUUGCGUACCUACUGAUAAAGUAUGUGACUUCAAAGACGAUUGCGGAGACGGUUCUGACGAAUCUCAUUGUAAGCAUAGAGAAUGUUGGUACAAAGAGUUUAAGUGUAAAAACUCGGAAUGCGUGCGACCCGCUUAUCUGUGCGAUGGAGAGGUGAACUGUGUUGAUGGUUCCGAUGAAGAGAACUGCGAUGCAAAUGAUUUUAUUAAGUGUGGUACUGGUAAGCUCGUGCAUUCCGCCUUUUGGUGUGAUGGCUGGCCCGAAUGUGAGGACAAUCACGCUGACGAAUUGCAAUGCAAUAGCACAUGUGCCACUAACCAAUUUCGGUGCCCCAACGGGAGGUGCAUAAACGAAGCAAACGUUUGCGACGGGCAGUGCGAUUGUUUGUGGGACAUAAGAGGAUCGUGUGCCGAUGAAAUUGAUUGUUCCGAUUAUUACACCGAAACAGACGGUGUCAUCGUAUGCCGUCGAGGAUUCUCACUGAACUGUUGGAUGCCCGUGGGAUCUCCUUCGCGAUGCAUAAAGGAGAGGUACAUUUGUGACGGCCACAACGACUGUUUUAAUGGAUUUGACGAAUUUGGUUGCAAUGACAGUGGCUCAAAAACUAUAAAAGAAGAUGAUUCAGCAGAAAAAUUAGACGACCUAAUCAGGUGUCGAGAUGGCCGUUGGUUAGAAACCGAACACCGUUGUAAUUUCCGAGAUGAAUGUUUGCAUGGCGACGAUGAAAUUCAGUGUACAGGGCAGCCAACGUGCGGUCCUCGAGAAUUUCGAUGUGAUAACGGAGAGUGUGUUGAGUUAAAAAGCCGAUGUGAUAGUAACACCGAUUGUUGGGACAAAAGUGAUGAAAUAGGAUGCGCGGACAUUCCUUGUAUUAAACUAGAUUGGCCACGGUGUUUAGUAGGCGGCCAAUGUAUUCCUCCAAAGAAAUGGUGCGAUUUUCGAAAAGACUGUGCUGAUGGAUCCGACGAAAACAAUUGUGAUCACAGACCAUGUAAGGAAGAUGAAUUUCGUUGUGACAACGGACAGUGUAUUUCAUUACUAUACAAAUGCUUUGAUCCUGGAGACAACCAAUUGGGUUGUGUAGAUAAAUCACACUUAAAACACUGCAGUGACUGGAAGUGUGAUCAAGGACAACAUAAAUGUCACCGUGGACCAUGUAUCAAUGAAUCAAUGGUAUGCAACAAACAAGUUGAUUGUGAUUUUACAUGGGACGAUGAGGAUAAUUGCACUUUCCAAUGUUCUAAUGUGGCGCCUAAAUGUGAUUGUCAGGAUGUAAUGAUAAACUGCACGAAUCUUGGAUUACGUGAGUUUCCGUAUGACGCUGAAAAAGAAAUAACAUUCUAUCAUUUAAAAAGCAACUACUUCGGAGAAUAUCUCAACUCAAAAACUUUCCGGCAUUUAGACCGUUUAGUUUACUUGGACCUGACCAAUAAUUCGGUUUCAGAAAUUCAACCUUUUAUAUUUUCCACUCUUUGGCGUUUGACAACAUUAAAUUUACAAAAUAACCAAAUAUCUAUUUUAAGAAACGGCUCGUUUCUCGGACUAGGUAGGCUGACUGGACUGCAUUUACAAGGUAACAGCAUUCAGCAUCUUCAUUCAAUGGCGUUUCACGGUCUGUCCUCUUUGAUGACAUUAGACUUGAGCCGACAAAAUAUAUCCCAGAUUGAAUCGGACGCAUUUGUCGGUCUUAGAUCACUCAAAAGCUUGGAUUUAUCGCAAAAUUCUCUUACACACUUGUCGGAUGGUUCUUUUCGAGGAAUGCCUCAAUUGAACAUUUUGAACCUUAAAAAAAAUCGAUUGAGAACAGUUGAUCCUAGCGGGUUUCUCACAAUGCCUACUCUAGAGACACUAUUUACUGAUGAAUUUCGUUUUUGCUGCUUAGCACGGCACGUACCUCAGUGUCGUCCUUUGCCUGAUGAGUUUAGCUCUUGUGAAGAUCUCAUGUCCAAUAUCGUACUCAGAGUGUGUAUUUGGAUAUUGGCCAUUGUUGCAAUUACUGCAAAUCUUAUUGUAAUUAUAUUCCGAGCCAAGUACAGGCAUACCAACCAAGUUCACUCGUUUCUCAUUGUCAACUUGGCACUUGGUGAUUUUCUAAUGGGAUCCUACUUGCUAGUUAUAGCUGUCGUCGAUUGGUAUUAUCGAGGAUCAUACUUUAUUCAUGACUCUGACUGGAGGCAAAGUACCAUGUGUAAUGUGGCAGGAUUUAUAAGCACUUUUUCUAGUGAAUUAUCUGUUUUCACAUUGACUGUUAUUACUCUAGAAAGACUACUAGUUAUAAUAUUCCCAUUUAAAGUCCGUCGACUUCAAAUGGACUGUACACGGAUUUUGAUGGCUAUAUGUUGGUUUUUGGCUAUCAUUAUUUCUGUAAUACCUUUGUUUGACAUUCAUUACUUCAGAAACUUCUACGGGCGUUCUGGCGUAUGCUUAGCGUUACAUAUCACACCCGAUAAACCUAACGGUUGGGAAUACUCAGUAUUCAUAUUUUUAUUUGUCAAUCUGGGCUCGCUAUUAUUGAUAUCCGGUAGUUAUCUCUGGAUGUUUUUCGUAGCCAAGACAACUCACAGGGCAACAGAAAAUCUCAUUAGGCAUCGUGUGCUCAGUGAAUCUGCAAUGGCAUGGCGAAUGAGUCUACUGGUUGCUACAGACGCUGCUUGUUGGGUGCCUAUAAUAGGCUUAGGUUUAUGGUCCCUCGCGGGAUUCACUGUACAUCCACAGGUUUUCGCUUGGGUGGCUGUAUUUGUAUUGCCACUAAAUGCCGCUGUCAACCCAGUUCUAUACACAUUGUCUGCUGUGCCCAUGCUCCGCCGAAAAGUUACUACCAAUAGACAAGCAAUGUCAAGGAGGUCGUUGACUAACGAUGCUAAACGCACUAUGUCAACUACAAUGGCACCGCCAUCCACACAUUAUGCUGGCGAAGUGAUGACAUUUUCAAUGAUCAGCAAGAUUCCUUCCAGGGGCCCUGAAAUUGUUGAGACUGAAAUGACUGAAAAUGGGAAAGUUACGGUGGGGAAAAUGAUAUGAACAGCAAUGGCGGACAAACCACGACGAGACCCCUAUAACCUAUUCGUACCGUCAAAUAUUAUAUAUAAAAUUUGCUCAGUGUUUACCGCCCUUAAAAGUGUGAUAUAAUUAUAAUUGUAAAUAACAAAUAACAAUGAAUAAAUAACUAUUACCUCAAUAACAUUUUAUUAUUUAAAAUGAUCCGAACGAGAUGUAACUUACUCAAGAUAUCUUGAUUGUAUUCUUUUCACUCACAAAGUCAUAAAAAACCCUUUAUUUUUUCAUACUAUAUUUUCCAGGUUAUAUAAAUUAUUAAAUUUAUAACACGAAAAUACACUGGUAUCUUCAUAAACGCUUAAAAUAAUAGGCUAUGCAACUCUUUUUAUGACUACUAAUAUUUAUAAGCUUUGUUGAGAACACGUGCUUUUAAGUAUUGUCUAAGUUAUUUAUGAUGAAAACACAUUUUUGUCACUUGAUAAAAUGAGAUUGCUAGUCAAUGUGAAGUUAAACUUUACUACUCCAAAUACAAUUGUGUAUAAUUUGUACACCAUAAAUUAAAUUCUCGUUAAUUUUUAAAUUAACUAUAUAAUGUAAAACUUCCAUAAAGCUGUAAAAAAGUCACGUAUUUUUAAAUAUUAAUGACUAUUUAAGCCAAGUAUAAUGAACAAGUUGUUCUUCACACAAUGUUAUUUAAUCAUAUUGCCAGACUGACCCGUCAGUAGUUGUAAUUUAUAAUGAUUUUAUAUUUUAUACAGAGUGAUCAAAAUCUGGUAAGAUAUUUUUUUUCUUAGAAAC